AUGAUGUAUGAGGACUUCCGGCAGAAGAACGAGAAUCUCAAAUACUCUUAUGAGACAUACCGGAAGGUAAUCGAUGAAAUGAACAUUGGCUUCACAAAGCUUGGAGAGGAAGAGUGCGAGGCGUGCCUCAAACAUAACAUCCAUGUGAAAAUCCAUGAAGGGGAUACAAGUGGUGCUGGCUGUGAAAUCUGUAAAGAGUGGGAGGUACAUCAUUUCCGAGCAGUGAGAGGGAGGGAUCAUUACCGCAUGGAUGCUGAGAAGCAGGAGGAGGUCGACACUGUGAUCAGAAGUGUGGACCUUCAAAAGGUCAUUAUGCUCCCUCGCAUGCCUGGAGUGAAGACUGCGGUCUUCACCCGAAGAAUUACCGCAUUUCACGAGACCUUCGCCAUGGUGGGGAAGAUGUCCACCAAAAAGAAGAAGGCCAUCUCGGUUGUAUGGCAUGAGGGCAUUGCUGGAAGGUCGGCAGUGGAGGUGACCUCUGCCUAUGUGGCAUGUCUCAGCCUGGAGAAUGUGGCACAUGUCACCUACUGGGUUGACAAUUGUACAUCACAGAAUAAAAAUUGGGUCCUCCUGUCAACCUUAGUGAAGAUUGUCAACUCAGAUGAAAACCCAAUUGAUGACAUAACCCUGAAGUUUUUUGAGCCGGGCCAUACAUUUAUGAGCGCUGAUAGCUUUCAUGCCAGUGUGGAGAGAAUGAUUAAGAGAAGGCCUGGAGGAGUUGUCCUGGACUUCCAGGAAUUUAAGGACGUGAUUGCAUCGGCCAACUCCGGAAGAGUACAUGUCGUGGAGCUCCAGAGCCGAAGCAUCCUUGCCUGGACUGACAACCACUCUGCGGCAAAAAUGAAAAAUGAAGCACAUCUGGCUGGCAUGUCAGUGAUACAGUUCAGAAGGGGAUCCACUCGCUUCUUCUACAAGCUGAACCAUGAUGAUGACAAAUUCACAGAGUGUGACUUCCUGAAAGCAAAGGCAAGGCUUGAGUUCCCUUCACAGCUGCGGCCUGGCGACAAGGGGGUGGAGAAAGGGAAAAAAAUGGAGAUCCUCUCAAAGCUGGUGCCAUUAAUGCCUGCAAGCCGCCGCCAGUUUUGGGCAGAUCUGGCAGAAGAGGAAUGA